AUGUCGGUGCGGUCAUCUCAUAAUUCGGGUAUUAGUGGGACUAGCAAAUUGUUGUCAUCUUAUACUAUAUCGCCAUAUGCAGCUCUGGAAGGCUUGUAUGUUUUACAUGAUGAACUAGGUUCUGGUGGUUUUGGCAAAGUACGGCUAGCAACACAUUUGUUAACUUCACAAAAAGUUGCCAUUAAGAUCAUCGAUAAGCGCAAAAUCAAGAAGGAGGACUUACCUCGAAUAAGAACCGAGUUGGAGGCAUUAAUGCUAUUAUCACAUCAAAAUAUAUGCAGGCUGUAUCAGUGUAUUGACACGCCCUUGAAAUUUUUUAUUGUUAUGGAGUAUUGUAGUGGCGGUGAAAUGUUUGAUUACAUUGUUAAAAAGGAACGAUUGGAAGAAUCCGAAGCGCGUCACUUUUUCCGACAGCUUGUUCAAGCUGUUGCUUAUGUUCACAGCAUGGGAUUUGCCCAUAGAGAUUUGAAACCUGAAAAUCUGCUACUGACUGAGGAUUUGCAAUUGAAACUAAUUGAUUUUGGUCUGUGCGCUAAACCACCACUUGGGUUAUCCCAGUCUUUGCAUACAUGUUGUGGCUCACCUGCCUAUGCUGCUCCUGAACUUAUUCUGGGAUUACCAUAUAAAGGACAUCAAGUUGACGUAUGGUCAAUGGGUGUUCUACUUUACACAUUACUUUGUGGCUGCUUACCAUUUGAAGAUGAUAAUGUCCAAAAAUUGUACGCGAAGAUUGCGAAAAAUGUCGUCGAUGAAGAAGUGGUCAAGGAGCUUGCUCAUCACUUUGGGCGAUCAUAUACCCAGAUGGAAGUUCUUGUUAAAGAGUGGAAAUUUGAUUACCUGACUGCUACGUAUCGUUUGCUAUUGCAACAGAAGAGGCGUGGAAUGAAUUUCGUCUUGCCAGUACUCAAGCCUAGAGAUGGAAUGGCCAAUCCGAAGCAAAUUGUUUUGGGCUCCCAAACAAUACAUGCUUCACUAGAUAACGAUUUAAAUAAUUCUGGCUUGGACGAAAAUGAUUUAAUGGUGUCAGAAGCUACAUCGAAGGAAAAUUGUACUGCGAAGUCAUUUGAGGAAGACAAUACUACUCCUGUAGCAACGCAACACGACAAAAAUUUAUCUUAUGCUUACGCAAUGCUCAAUAUGCCUUCUACCCAUUCGGGAAGCUCACCCAAACAGCGUGCUGCCUGUGGUAUUCGUCAGGAAAAUGACUUUGCUAGUGCUCAAUCAAUUUAUGCGACACCAGCACGGCGUCGAAUGAAGCCUGAAUGUGCUAUUAUUUUUGAUACUUGUCUUUACCGUGCGCUCGACAAAGAAAAUUGGCAUUCAACCACCACAAGAGUUCGUAGUCCGACAAAGAUCGAUGAACGCCCAAGAAGUAAUCUUUAUGCAACACCAUUGCGAGUCCCGGCCUCUUGUACGCCUUCUACGAAGAUGAGAUCACGAUCUAUGGAACGCAAUGGAACUUCACCAUAUACCCCACGUACUCCCGCAACGUGCCCUGCACAUACUCCACGAUCAUUAGCUAAGACGCCGCAUCUUCGUCAGCGAGUUUUCGCAUCGCUGGAACGGCAAGCUGAUAAAAUGAUCAAUUUGCUGACACCGCGCAAAGUUAAAAAUAACCAACCUGAAAUGCUGAAGCAAACCAAGACAAUGGUAAAUGUGUCAAUUACAUCUUCCAAGAAUCCAGAUCGUGUACGUCGUGAAUUGAUACGCGUUUUCGCUGAACAAAACAUUACAACAGAACAUCAUGGGUGGAAAAUAUCUGGUCGUAAAAAGGACGAAUUCAACCGGAUGAUGACCGUAGAAUUGGAAGUGGUUUGGAUUGAAAUGGGUAAUAAGGAGAGAUUAGUAGGUGUUAAACGAAAACGUCUUAAUGGUGAUGCUUUCCUAUAUAAAAAAGUUUGUGAACAAGUUCUUAAAUUAGCCGGUUUGUAA